UGCUUACCAAGUCAACAAAGGACCGGCCAUAUCUCAUGAUCACAAAUUAAUCUAUGAUGUUCUCACUUCGCAGGGGAAUUGGCAACAAUUCUAAUAGGUAGCUUGGUGUUGACUUUAACGUUGUAACCAUCUAGAAAAAGUUUGAAUCCAUGUUCAUAUCAUAUAAUAUUAGCAAAUUAUUAGCAACUAAAAGACUAAUUAUUUUGGUCAACUUAAUAACUAAAAUAUCUAGACGUGCAAAGUCAAAAUGUUGAAAAAAAUGUGGAAAAUCACAAAGAAGACGGCCUUCUUUAAAUAAUUGGGUUAGUAGGCAGACAAUGUCUCUUAAGACAAGAACAGAACAGCUUCUCUUCUAUUCCUCCAAAAGGUUUCAACUUCAUACAUCAUCUCCACCGCCAUGAGCCACCAGAACCACCACCAGUUGCCAACCUAUGCCACGGACCCAAACACCAUGUUCGUUCAAGCAGACCCCUCAAAUUUCCGCAACAUCGUCCAAAAACUCACCGGAGCACCACGGCCGGGACUCUCUGCCGUCUCCGCGGCACAACGGAAGCUUCCUUUAACUCCAAAGAAACAAGCCUUCAAGCUCCACGAACGCCGUCAAACAUCCAAGAAAAUGGAGCUGAAGAUCAACAACAUCACCAACGACUCUUUAAGCCAUUUCCAUCGAGGGUUCCUCGUCUCUCCCGUCUCUCACCUCGACCCAUUCUGGACGCGCGUGAGCCCACAUUCAGCUCGUGAGUAUCCUCACCCAACGCCGGACAAUAAAGAGCAAAAGGCCAUAGCCGAGAAAGGGUUCUACUUCCUUCCGAGUCCGAGAAGCGGCGCCGAGCCAGCACCGGAGCUUUUGCCUUUGUUUCCUCUACGUUCUCCUAACGCCACUAAUCAACGGACUGAAGAGGAUUACCGCAACUCUUGAUCGUAUGAUUUGAGUCCACUUUUAGGCUAUUUUGUUAGGGUAAUAACCGUUUUGGAUUUUAAUUAACCUUAAGACUUGUUUCUACUAUCCUUCAUUAACCUUUUUGAAGGGUCAACUCAACUGUUCCGACGUGUGUACUCCACCACUUCCAUUUAGAAUAUAAAUCUUAAGUAUCUUUUUAUAA